CCGCCGCGCUGGGAGCCAGCGCCUGCCACCUGGCCGCCGCCGCGCCCGUCGCGCCCCUGGUGUCGACGACGACGGCGACGACGACGCCGCCUGCUUCUUCCCGGCCGCUCUCCACUGACAUGAGCAAUAUGAGGAACAAGAGCAUCCGACCGGCUCCCUCGGAGAUCGAGUAUAAAGGCAUGCGCUUCCUGAUCACCGACCGGCCCACCGAGGCCACCCUGCCCUCCUACGUGGAGGAGCUGAAGCGGCACAACGCAAUGGCCGUGGUCCGCGUCUGCGAGCCCACGUACAAGACGGAUCUGCUGGAGCAGGAGGGCAUCCCCGUCACCGACCUCGUGUUCGACGACGGCACCUUCCCGCCGGCGCCGGUGGUGGAGGAGUGGCUGGAGCUGCUGCGGAAGCGGUUCCGCGCGGACGCCACCGCCUGCGUGGCCGUACACUGCGUGGCUGGCCUGGGCCGUGCGCCUGUGCUCGUCGCCCUCGCCCUCAUGGAGCUCGGCCUCAAGUACGAGGACGCCGUGGAGCUCAUCAGGCAGAAGCGACGCGGCGCCAUCAACGCGAAGCAGCUGCAGUUUCUGGAGAAGUACCGUCCACGCUCCCGACUGAAGCUGAAGAACGGCCACAAGGCCGGCUGCUGCCUGCAGUGAGCAGGCGGCGCCACCGUCGCCCCGCCAGGCGGGAGCACCGCCGUGUGUUCAGCCGCGCCGCCUCCGCGGACAUAUCAUUGAGUUGCGUUUUCGUCCGCGUUCAGUUCGGCUGGUCCGGUGUGGCGUGCGCGUGCUCUGCCCGGUCGGCCGGUUCGGCGGCCGUCGGCGCGGCCUGGCGACGCCGGAGAGAUGUCGACACCCGACGCGGCUUGUGGGACGACUCGCCUCGGGGCUCGUUUUGUCUGCGCCACGGGUGAGACGAACCGCGACCCGCCGUGCUGAUCUAGUACCCAAUUGUUUUGCCGUCCAACUACGGCAACGAUAAAUUUGCCCGAGCAUGCCGGCGACGUUCGUGCGACGCCUGGCGGCCGUCGUGGCAGUGGUGACUACCUGCGGGCGACACCAGGCGGCGCUAUGGGGUCCUCUUGUUUCUCCUAGGUUUGUUUUUGUUACGCGGCGCGUGGGGCGUCCCGGUGGCUCCGCAUCGUGGCCGUCUUUGUGCACCGCUCGACCGCGGGCCCUGUUUUACUAAUCUGUGACCAGAUAGUCGGGAGUGCGUGAAACGUGCGUGUUUCUACUGUAGGCAAAUGAAAAAUAAAUUCUGUGUAUUCGC